AUGGAUAUUACUUACAUUCCUUCUGACUUAUCCAAUUGUCUAAAAUUUGGGAAUAAAUCCUGCCCACCUACCUCUAGACCACUUACUAUCAGAGUGAUAAUGUACUCAUUCAUGACAGGAGCCAUGUUUAUCACUAUCUUUGGAAACCUUGUUAUAAUAAUUUCCAUAUUCCGUUUCAAACAACUUCACUCUCCUACCAACUUCCUGAUUCUCUCCAUGGCAACCACCGACUUUCUGCUGGGAUUUGUCAUUAUGCCUUACAGCAUGGUCAGGUCGGUGGAGAGCUGUUGGUAUUUUGGAGACAGUUUUUGCAAAUUCCAUGCAAGCUUUGACAUGAUGUUGAGCCUGACUUCCAUUUUCCAUCUCUGUUCUAUUGCAAUUGACCGGUUUUAUGCUAUGUGCUACCCUUUGCACUAUACCACCAAGAUGACCACAUCAACAAUAAAAAGACUGCUGGCUUUUUGCUGGUCAGCACCAGCCAUCUUCUCCUUUGGUUUGGUCUUGUCAGAGGCUAAUGUCUCAGGCAUGCAGACCUAUGAGAUUCUUGUUGCUUGCUUCAAAUUCUGUGCUCUCACUUUCAACAAAUUCUGGGGAACCGUACUCUUUACUACCUGUUUCUUCACUCCUGGCUCCAUUAUGAUUGGUAUCUAUGGGAAAAUUUUUAUAGUUUCCAAAAAGCAUGCUAGAGUAAUUAGCAAUAUGCCUAAAAAUGCAAAAGAAGAUAGCAGAAAAAAUAUAUCUAAGAAAAAAGACAGGAAGGCAGCCAAGACUCUGGGCAUUGUAAUGGGGGUAUUUCUUGCGUGCUGGUUACCAUGUUUCAUUGCUGUUUUGGUUGAUCCAUAUUUAGGCUAUUCUACUCCUAUGGUAGUGCUUGAUCUUUUGGUGUGGCUUGGGUAUUUCAAUUCUACUUGCAAUCCAUUAAUUCAUGGCUUUUUUUACCCUUGGUUUAGGAAUGCACUCAAGUACAUUUUGUCAGGCAAAAUCUUUAGCUCACAGUCAAGUACAGCAAACCUGUUCCCUGAAACCCAUUAA